UCAUUUUUUCAUUCAAUUUGGAAAAUCGAGUUUUAAAUUUAAAUCGUCCCCUUCGUCAUAGAAAGAAAAAAUCUUGGCACUGGAGUAUAUUUUAGUUUCCAUUUAGAUUCAAUUUUGGCUUCGUUGAAAAAAUGGCGAGGAGGAAUUACGUGAGAGAGAACGUUCCUCUCUCACGCUUCGGCGUCUUGGUUGCUCAGCUUGAGUCCAUCGUCGCUUCCGCAUCACAGAAAUCUCCCGACCCUCUCCUUUGCUUCGAUCUCCUCUCCGAUCUCCUUUCCGCCCUCGACGACGAGCCCAAGGAAUCUAUCUUGUUGUGGCAAAGAAAAUGUGAGGAUGCUUUGUAUUCCUUGCUUAUUCUUGGUGCUAAACGACCUGUACGUCAUUUGGCAUCCGUAGCAAUGGGAAGGAUAAUAUCUAAAGGAGAUAGCAUUUCAAUAUACUCAAGAGCAAGUAGUCUCCAAGGGUUUCUUUCGGAUGGGAAGCGGAGUGAGCCACAGAGAAUUGCUGGUGCUGCACAAUGCUUGGGCGAGUUAUAUCGACAUUUUGGAAGAAGAAUAACUUCGGGUUUGCUUGAAACAACUAUUAUUGCAACAAAACUCAUGAAGUUUCAUGAGGAGUUUGUAAGACAAGAGGCUUUGCUCAUGCUUCAGAAUGCUUUGGUAGGCUCUGGUGGUAGUGCUGCUGCUUCAGCAUACACUGAGGCAUUCCGUCUCAUUACAAGAUUUGCCAUUGGAGACAAAGCAUUUGUUGUUAGAAUAGCUGCAGCACGUUGUCUGAAGGCUUUUGCCAACAUAGGAGGACCAGGUCUAGGGGUUGGAGAACUUGACAGUUUAGCCUCAAAUUGUGUCAAGGCUCUUGAGGAUCCCAUAACUUCUGUUCGGGAUGCGUUUGCUGAAGCUCUGGGCUCAUUAAUUGCUCUUGGAAUGAAUCCUGAGGCACAGGUUCAACCAAGGGGAAAAGGCCCUUUUCCUCCAGCGAAGAAACUAGAAGGUGGUUUGCAGAGGCAUCUGGCUUUGCCCUUCACAAAAGCAAGCAGUAUUCGGUCAAAGGACAUUCGAGUAGGCCUAACAUUAUCUUGGGUGUUCUUUUUACAGGCCAUUCGUCUGAAGUAUCUACAUCCAGAUAUUGAACUUCAAAAUUAUGCUUUGAACGUUAUGGACAUGCUUCGUAUGGAUAUGUCUGUUGAUGCCCAUGCACUGGCAUGUGUUCUCUAUAUCCUUCGUGUUGGUGUAACUGAUCAGAUGACAGAACCUACUCAAAGGAGCUUUACAGUUUUUCUUGGAAAGCAGCUUCAAUCUCCAGAGGCUAGCCCUUCCAUGAAAAUUGCUGCUCUACGUACACUAUCAUAUACUUUGAAAACUUUAGGAGAGGUUCCACAUGAAUUCAAGGAAGUUUUGGAUAACACAGUUGUUGCAGCAGUAUCUCACUCUGCCCAGCUUGUACGUGUUGAGGCUGCUUUAACAUUGCGUGCAUUGGCUGAGGUUGAUCCCACUUGUGUUGGUGGUUUGAUAUCUUAUGGGGUGACCACACUGAAUGCUUUAAGGGAAAGUGUUUCCUUUGAAAAGGGAAGCAAUUUGAAAGUUGAGCUUGAUUCUUUGCAUGGGCAAGCAACAGUUUUGGCUGCUUUAGUUUCCAUUUCACCAAAAUUACCUCUUGGUUAUCCAGCUAGAUUGCCCAAGUCAGUUCUUGAAGUUUCAAGGAAAAUGCUGACUGAAUUUAGUAGAAAUGCUGCUACUGCCAUGGUGGAAGAAGAAGCUGGAUGGUUACUCUUAUCAUCAUUACUAUCUGCUAUGCCAAAGGAGGAGCUUGAGGAUCAGGUCUUUGAUAUUCUUUCCUUGUGGGCUGACCUUUUCAGUGGAAACCCAGAAGAUGUUAUUAGACAAAGUGGAGAUUUACAAUCUAGGAUUCGUGUGUGGUCUGCAGCAAUUGAUGCACUUACAUCAUUUGUACGAUGCUUUGUUUCAUCCAAUUCGACAAUUAGUGGGAUUUUACUUCAACCAGUGAUUCUAUAUCUCAAUAGGGCUUUGUCCUAUAUCUCUCUGUUGGCAGCCAAAGAACAACCAAAUAUUAAGCCUGCAAUGGACGUAUUCAUUAUCAGAACGCUAAUGGCCUAUCAGUCCCUUCCUGAUCCUAUGGCCUAUAGGAGUGACCAUUCUCGGAUUAUUCAACUAUGCACAGUUCCCUAUAGAAAUGCUUCUGGAUGUGAGGAAAGUUCAUGCUUAAGGUUCCUGUUAGACAGAAGAGAUGCAUGGUUGGGCCCUUGGAUUCCUGGCAGGGAUUGGUUUGAAGAUGAACUUCGUGCUUUUCAAGGUGGAAAAGAUGGGCUCAUGCCUUGUGUAUGGGAUAAUGAAAUUUCAAGUUUUCCUCAGCCGGAGACUAUAAAUAAGAUGUUGGUAAAUCAAAUGCUUCUGUGCUUUGGAAUCAUAUUUGCUGCUCAGAAUAGUGGUGGUAUGCUGUCACUUCUUGGAAUGAUGGAGCAGUGUCUAAAAGCUGGGAAAAAGCAACCAUGGCAUGCUGCAAGUGUAACCAAUAUAUGUGUGGGGUUACUUGCUGGGUUGAAGGCUUUGCUCGCGUUACGUCCGCAAUCAUUAGAGUUAGAGAUAUUAAAUUUGGCUCAAGCUAUUUUUAAGGGUAUACUAAUUGAGGGAGACAUUUGUGCAUCACAACGUAGGGCAUCAUCAGAGGGUCUUGGUCUUUUAGCUCGCCUUGGAAGUGAUAUCUUCACAGCCAGGAUGACUCGAUUGUUGCUUGGAGAGCUAAAUGGUAUAACAGAUUCAAAUUAUGCUGGCUCAAUUGCUCUUUCCCUAGGAUGUAUUCAUCGCAGUGCUGGAGGGAUGGCACUGUCAACUUUAGUGCCUACUACCGUGAGCUCAAUUUCUUUGCUGGCUAAAAGUGCAAUCCCUGGCUUACAGAUCUGGUCUUUGCAUGGACUUCUUUUGACUAUUGAAGCUGCUGGCUUGUCCUUUGUAUCUCAUGUCCAGGCAACACUUGGCCUUGCUUUGGAGAUUUUGCUGUCCGAGGAGAUAGGAAGGGUUGACCUUCAGCAAGGUGUGGGACGCCUUAUAAAUGCAAUAGUUGCCGUUCUUGGUCCUGAGCUUGCCUCUGGCAGCAUUUUCUUUUCACGCUGCAAGUCUGUUAUUGCGGAGAUUAGUUCCUCACAAGAAACAGCUACAGUACUUGAGAGUGUCCGUUUUACACAACAGCUUGUUCUUUUUGCACCACAUGCUGCUUCGGUGCACUCCCAUGUCCAAACUCUUCUGCUGACUCUGUCAUCAAGACAGCCGAUGUUAAGGCAUCUUGCAGUCUCCACUGUACGACAUCUCAUUGAGAAGGACCCUGUUUCCAUUAUUGAUGAACAAAUAGAAGAUAAUCUGUUUCGAAUGCUAGAUGAAGAAACUGAUUCAGAGAUAGGGAAUUUAAUCCGUGGUACUAUCAUACGACUACUUUACGUCUCUUGCCCUUCACAUCCUUCUCGUUGGAUAUCAAUUUGUCGUAACAUGGUUCUUUCUAUGUCAACGAGAGCAACUGCUGAGAUUAGUAAAGGUUCAGGAAAUGAUUCAGUUAGUGGUCCAGAUGGUGACUCAAGGUUAAAUUUUGGAGACGAUGACGAAAACAUGGUCUAUAGUUCUAAAAAUAUGUUUCAAGGUCAUGCAUUUGAAGCUUCUAAUGUUGGUUGUAAUAGAGAUAAGCACCUCAGAUACCGAACCAGAGUUUUUGCUGCUGAGUGCUUGAGUUAUCUACCAGAAGCUGUUGGAAAGAAUCCUGCUCAUUUUGAUCUUUCUUUAGCAAUGAGAAAAGUUGCAAAUGGACAGGCCUAUGGUGAUUGGCUAAUCCUCCAAGUUCAAGAGCUAAUAUCAGUUGCUUAUCAGAUAAGCACAAUUCAGUUCGAAAACAUGCGUCCAAUUGGUGUUGGACUUCUAAGUUCAGUUGUAGACAAGUUUGAAACGGUUGUUGACCCUGAACUUCCAGGACAUGUUCUACUAGAACAGUAUCAAGCACAACUAAUAUCUGCUGUUCGCACUGCACUGGACACAUCAUCCGGCCCUAUUCUUUUGGAGGCAGGUCUGCAGCUGGCUACUAAGAUAAUGACAAGUGGAAUAAUUAGUGGUGAUCAAGUUGCAGUAAAACGCAUAUUUUCACUAAUAUCACACCCGCUGGAUGACUUCAAGGACCUAUAUUAUCCUUCAUUUGCAGAAUGGGUCUCAUGUAAGAUCAAGGUAAGACUUCUAGCUGCUCAUGCCUCUCUCAAGUGUUAUACUUAUGCAUUCUUGAGGAGACACCAAGCUGGGGUUCCUGAUGAGUAUCUAGCAUUACUACCAUUGUUUUCAAGAAGUUCAAGCAUUCUGGGGAAGUACUGGAUCUGGCUUUUGAAGGACUAUUGUUAUAUAUGCUUGCGCUUAAAUCUCAAAAGAAAUUGGAAUUCAUUCCUUGAUGCAAUUCAAGCACGUCUGGUCUCAUCAAAGUUGAAGCCUUGUUUAGAAGAAGCUUGGCCAGUUAUUUUGCAAGCACUUGCUCUUGAUGCAGUUCCUGUGAAUGUUGAUAGGAUUGGAAACUCAGAAGCUGCUGUUGAAAAUAUAUCAGUAAACAGCUUAGUAUCUGGCUACAGUAUGGUUGAAUUGGAAUCUGAAGAAUACCAAUUUCUGUGGAGCUUUGCAUUGCUUGUUCUAUUUCAGGGACAACAUCCAGCAUUUUGUAAACAAAUUAUACCAUUAGCGUCCAGUAAAGCAAAACAUGAAGAAGAUUCUCCCUCUGAGGACAUGAAUUCUCCAGGCUUGAAGUUUUAUGAAAUUGUUUUGCCAGUUUUCCAGUUUCUUCUAACUCAGAAGUUUUUCUCAGCUGGUUUUCUUACUGUGAAUAUCUGUGAAGAACUGCUCCAGGUUUUCUCUUAUUCUAUCUACAUGGAUAAUUCAUGGAACAGUCUUGCAAUAUCUGUUUUAUCCCAGAUUGUGCACAACUGCCCUGAAGAUUUCCUUGGAGCAGAAAAUUUCACUUGUCUGGUGGUGGAACUUUGUGUGGGUUGCCUUUUUAGAGUUUAUAACUGUGCUAGUGCAAUCUCACUUGAUCAAGCGGACUGGGAGGAUUUAAUUUCACCACUAUUUAUUGCUACGAAGACCAUCAUGAGGCGUUCUGAACCAAAAAUGCAGAAGCAAUUGAAUUCAGUAGCGCUGGCAUUUCUGUUGAUUGGUUACAAAUUCAUUAGGCAAGCUUCAACUGAGCUAUCCCUCUCAAAAGUUACUGAUUUUGUGAAGAGUGUGAAUUCCUUUUUGAAGAAACUUAUUGAUGAUGCUUCUAAGCUUGGUGAUGAUGCCAUUGUCAACCAGAGAACAAUUUUGUGCACUUCUCUAAAUGAGAUUGCUGGUUUGACUAAGGAUUGCAUUGAAGGGAUUUGUCUACUGCAUAAUAAGAGAUCUGACUUGCGCAAACUACUGCUAUUGAAGCUUGCAUUCUCUAUGGAACAGAUAAUUAUAUUGCCCAAGAUAAUGCUGGAAAUUCAAUGUCUAGAAGGCAACAAAGAUAGUGAUCCUAUCUAUUUCUCGGUGUUUAAAUUUUGCACUAAUUGUAUGCAAACUAUACUAAAUGACUCAAAUGUACAGGUUCAGGCAAUCGGGUUGCAGGUGCUGAAAAGCAUGGUGCAGAAAAGCAGCACUGUAGAAGACAAUAGUUCCAUAAUAUUCAUUAUUGGAGAGCUGGUUGGGGACAUUCUCACCAUAAUAAAAAACACAUUAAAGAAACCCAUGACUAAAGAAUCAGUUGCUAUUGCUGGGGAAUGCUUACAAGUUCUAAUGCUCCUGCAAACACUGUCAAAAGGGAGUGAAUGCCAGAGACGGUUCAUGAGUCUCCUUCUGGAAGCCAUUCUUAUGAUCUUCUCAGCAUUAGAGGAUGAUUGUUCUCAGGAAGUCAAUGACAUAAGAAGCACUGCCCUGAGGCUUGUUUCUCAUCUUGCUCAAAUUCCUUCUUCUGCUGAUCAUCUCAAGGAUGUCUUGUUAUCAAUGCCUGAGAUGCACAGACAGCAACUCCAGGGGGUUAUUCGUGCUUCUGUAACACAGGACCACGGUGCAGCACAAAUGAAAUCUAUGUCACCAGCAUUAGAGAUUAAACUACCAGUGCCAGUGGAAGGAAGGAAAGAGGACAAUUUCCUAUCAGCAGCCACUCAAGUAAAGCUUAAACAGCAAAGUGAAGAAAGUGAUUUACCUCCAUCAGCCAACCCUAUAAACACCAAUAAUGAUGACAUGGAAGAAGAUGAAGAGGACGAAGAUGAUUGGGACACCUUCCAGUCUUUUCCGGCCUCAAAGAAUACGGCUGAAAGUGAUUCUGUAGUUGAAAAUGUUGCAAAAGACCCAGGCCCUGAUGAGAACUCUUCUGCUUUGGAAAUUGGUACUGUUGACUUUGAACAACAUCCGUCUGCUGAAAAUCUCAGUAAUGUAGAGACUACUAAUGCAGAGCAUUCAGAGUUUCCAGCAGAUAUAAUAUCUGAUGGCUCAGGUGACAGAGGUAAGAUGGAACUACUUGACUCUCUAUCAAACCCUGUUAUUGAUCCUCAUGAAAAUCAAGAUCGAGAAGGAAACAAGGAACUAAUAUCAAGCACCGAUAGUGAGGCCAGAGAAGUUCCAAAUAACGGCAAUGAGAAAAUGUCAUCUGAUCUUCAAGUUGUUGAAGAUGUGAAAGUAUCAUCUGUAGAGAUAGAGGAUUAUGAGCGGAGAAGGGACAACCCAGUAGCCUCAACUGAACCUCGACAUAGUGAAGGUGAUGAAGGAUCAGUCAAUGCAGUCGAGGAUCAUGAGCACCAAGAGGAGAGUCCUGAUAAUAAAGUUGAUGCGUCACAUGCUCAGGCUCCUGAAGGGCUUGCUGGUAACGAAGCCAAAGAGGAAGCUGAAGGUGAAAUUUAUCAGUUACAGAAUAAGGAAGCUGGUGAAGAUGUUAGAGAAAGAACGGAGAAUAAGAGCAAUGUGCAGGAAAGAGAGAGCCAAGAUAACUUGGAACCACCAAACAAGGAAGCGGAUAAAGCUAAUUUAGAAUCUGGUGAGGGAAUUGAUAAGAUAUGAGUUAUUUUUGGGGAGAAAAAUAUAAGUUGGUGUAAAUAUGAGCUUGUGGUUUCGGGCGGACAACUGAUAGUUCAUAGGAAGGCUUAGGAUCACUAAAUGCUCCAGUUUUGUAUUUAAUUGUGCGUGCAGGGUGGUGCAAAUAAGAUUUGAUUCUCAUUUCCCUGCUUUCUUGACAUUUUUAAAAUUUCCUUGUUCAGUACGAAACCAGGACUUUUUUUUUAGGUUUUUCCUCCUUUAUGGAUUUUACUGCCCUGACUCUUGCAGAAAAUUUUAUAUUAAUUUCAUUUUUGGAGAUUAAAUAUUGAUUUGUGCCACAACCCCUCA